AUGUUCUCACAUUGCCUUGCUCAUCUGGCAUUGCAGGAAAAGAUUGGUCAGACAUUCAGAGAUCUCCUGGAUCAGCAGUAUCCAUCGUCUACAAAGGCCAAGGCUCGUGCCCGCAUCCAAUACCGUGUUGAUACCUAUGAAUCAGACUCCCCAGAUCAAUCUGAGACAUCCAAACAAGAAGAAGAAGAAAAAGAAGCUGAGACCAUGAGCACAGUCUCUAUCGUCACUCGCCAGUCUACAUUCGAACGCAAUAAGACGGACAGCAAUAGCACUCCAGAUCACGUUGAAAUUGUCAAGGUCGAACCGCCACAAGAACCGUCUUUGUUUGAUACUUUCAGUCAGCUCAUUGACAAUUCACAAGCGUCCGAUGACUUUGAGCCUUUGCCUUUAGACUAUCCCACAUUUAUUGCCGCAGAAUCAGACCAUGCCGCAUCCAGCGACGACAAAGCAAUGGAUGAACUGCAAGAACUGUGCGACUACGUGGGCGUGUCUUGCUACUGGUAG